CACCUGGAGUCCUUUUAUGAAAAACCUCCUCCUGGACUUAUCAAGGAAGAUGAGACUAAGCCAGAAGACUGUAUACCAGAUGUCCCAGGCAAUGAACAUGCCAGGGAAUUUCUGGCCCACGCACCAACCAAAGGACUUUGGAUGCCACUGGGGAAAGAAGUCAAAGUCAUGCAGUGUUGGCGCUGUAAACGAUAUGGUCACCGAACAGGCGACAAAGAAUGCCCUUUUUUUAUCAAAGGCAACCAAAAGUUAGAACAGUUCAUAGUAGCACAUGAAGAUCCCAUGUAUGACAUCAUACGAGAGAAUAAAAGACAUGAAAAGGAUGUAAGGAUACAACAGUUAAAACAGUUACUGGAGGAUUCAACAUCAGAUGAAGAUGGGAGCAGCUCCAGUUCCUCAGAAUGUAAAGAGAAACACAAGAAAAAGAAGAAGAAAGAGAAGCAUAAGAAAAAGAAGAAAGAAAAGAAAAAGAAGAAAAAACGAAAGCAUAAGUCUUCCAAGUCAAAUGAGAGUUCAGACCCAGAAUGACAAGAGCUUGACUUGUUCAACAUUCUUUUCUCAAAAAUCAAACACUGUGGCCAAAGAUCAGAGGAAUGUGGAAUCAGAGAGGAAUAGGAGAGAGAGACACCAAGAGAGGAGAUUUGGUGUCACAGGUGUGAAUUCUCACCUACCUUCCAGUAAAGAUGUGACCCCCAGGAGAGUGAGUUGUAUCUUGCCAGGUGCUAGCUCUGGACAGCAGCUGAUUUCAGGCUGGAAAGCUUUUCUCAUUGUUCUCCUCCCUGCUGAUCACUGUGAGUCCUGAUUCCUUAGAAAUGCCUCUGGCAGGGUGGCCAGACUAAGGGAAUCUCUGAGGAAGCUCCUCCAGGUGCUGCCGCAGCUUCCACCCUCCAUGGUGGCGCUACUUAAUGCCCUUAGACUUCAGGCUUGACUUUCCUCUGUCGCUGAGGAUAAAAGCUCAUUAUUUUAUUUAUUUAAAAAAUACUCAUUUAUUUUUGAAUCAUAAUAAUAUACUUAUAUGGUCCAAAUUUAAAAGGUAUAUAAGGGGAAUUCCUUGGCUGUCCAGUGGUUAGGACUCGGCCCUUUCACUGCCGUGGCCCGGGUUCAAUCCCUGGUCAGGGAACUGAGAUCCUACAAGCCACGAGGUGUGGUCAAAAAAAAUUAUAAAAGGUAUAUAAGGUUUAAUCAUGAAAAACUUUCCUCUUCUCUUCCCCAGCUACUUAGUUCCCUUUCCCAAUGGCUAUCCAUUUUACCAGUUUCUUGUGAAGUCAUACAGAAAUGUUUUGUAUAUCACAAGCAAAUGUUUUUUCUUCUUUUUAACACAAAUACUAGCAUACCACACACA